AUUCGAUUUUGAAUACCCUACGCAAACCCGCAAAGAAUCUCUUUUACAAAAAUCAACCCACCCAGCCCCGCAAAUCGCACAAGCCUAAACCCGCCCCGCCCCAUAGUCAUCCCUAUACGAGAAUGUCAAAACCUAACAUAAAAACCCUAUUCCUUUAUUUCUCUAUGAUAAACUAGUAAACUGUGCGACGACCACGGCGACGGCGACAACAGCUACGAGAGUCGUGAAUUGUUUUUUGUUUUCAAGAUUUUUACCCUUAUCUGUGGUCAUAUACACUAGUUCAUGAUGGGAAUUGAAGACAAAACAUUGUUUUGUUUCUGUCACUGGGGCAAAAGGAAUAAGGUUCUACCAGAUGGAUCCAUUUCGUAUGAGGGAGGUAUUACUGAUCAGGUUAUUGUAAAGACGGGCGUAAAGUAUGAUGAUUUUGUGAUUGCGGUUUUUGACCGCUUAGGUAUUGAUGCUUCAGAUAAGAUGUUAUUUUUUACGGUGAAGUUUGAUAGGUCAGAAUUGAUACGGCUGAGGGACCAAGCAGGUAUCGAUACUAUGCUGCAUUUUAAUGAUAGCUAUGUUCAUAUUUAUGCAUCAAGUCUGGAGAAGGAGCCUGAUUCUAGGCCUCCAUCAGGUGGCACGAAAAACAUUGGAUUUACUAUUGCUUCUGAUAAACAACCAGAUACUACUCCGAUAGCUGAUGAUCCGAAUGGUAAUAAGUGUGGAGUUUUAUCUGAAACUGUUGUAGGAAAGCUACCACCUCAUCAAGAACCAUUUUUCGGGCAAAACAAUAUUCAAAAUGAUGUCAAUGCUCUGUUCCGCAGUUGGAAUUACCUUAGACAGAAACAACUAACUUCAUCUGGAAUCCUGAAAACGUUCUGGAGAAAGUGUGACACUUGCGACACUAGCUACUUAUGUUACAGGAAAGAUGUCAACCAUGCUCUGCGCUGCACGACAUGUACUACAUUUGAUUUAGAUCCCAAGGGUGCAGCUUGUAGACCGAAACAGAGUCAGCCUGGAGGCCAGGAUAAGCACCUUGAAUCUAAGCUCAACGAGCCUUUAAAGCAGACAGAGCUUCCUAACCAAGAAACCUUGAGAAUGACUGGGGGCAGCGCUUGGUUUCAACCUACCCAAACAGGAUCCCAACAGGUUGCUGCAACGACAAUGGAGGCUUGCAAAAGCAGGAAAAGAUAUCGGAACCAGACAACUGAACCGAGUGAAAGUGAUGAUUCUUCAAUCAAUGUGGAUACGGAAGAUGCGGAAAGUGAAAUAAUUCGUGAUAGUAAACCUUGAAAGUACAAGUGGGGGUGGGGUUGGGCGAGGGUGAAAUGGUCCUUUUUUAUUUUUUUUCUUUAGUCGACUAGCUAUGCAAGUGCAUAGAACGAAAGUGACACCAAAUGUUUUUAUACAGGUUGGGAUCUGGAAUGGAUCGUAAUCCAGGCCCCUUGGGUUGCAAGGGCAUUCUCUUCUAGACGUAAGUAUCUUGAUUUGUAGACAAAUGAUGAGUAUAGCUCCUAUGUCUACACUCUGUUUUUCUCUGUUCUUUCUAUUUUGAUAAAACGCCUUAUCAAGAAUAUAUUUUUUUCUCUUCUCGCUUUUGAGUACAUGAUAAAACUGCUUGGUAAUACAAUGCUUAAUAAAAUUAAAGAAGAGAAUGUGAGAUGAUUUGUAUAUAUUCUUCUUCCUUCAAUGGCCUUAUUAUAGUAGUAGUUGAAUGCUAAAGGUCUUCUGAGAAGAGCUUACAACUCAAGAGUUUUGAUCCUCGGAAAACAAAGAUGAUUGAUCUUAUUUCAAGAAUAUAUAAGGUUGUAGGCUAAUCAAUCUCAGUGAUUUCCAUUGCUGCUUCGUUGAAUCAAAAAUUAUAUGCAUGAUUGCUUCCUUGUAGAGAACAUGCUUUCUUCCUUAAAAAGAUUUUCAACUGAUUUCCUUCUUUAUCUCUUGUAUCCUUAGUUGAUUCCAACCGAUUACAGAUCUUAGGUGUUUUUCUUUCAUAACUAGCUCAUUUUGAUAGUCUUGAUUUUGUUUCAUUGAAAGGUGUUUUUUUUUUGUAACGUAGAUUUGACAUUUCCGCUAAUGUUGAA